AUGGCUGGUACUGGCGCCCUCGUAGUUCCCGCGCUCAAGCGCCACACGGCCACCGUCAUCGUAGCACACGGCCUCGGUGACAGUGGCGCGGGAUGGAUGUUCCUGGCCGAGAACUGGCGCCGCCGCAACAAGUUCGACGAGGUGUCAUUCAUCUUCCCCAGCGCGCCCGAGAUCCCCAUCACCAUCAACAUGGGCAUGCGCAUGCCCGGCUGGUACGACCUGCACUCUCUGUCCGACAUCAACCGCUCCGAGGACGAGGUCGGCAUCAAGCGCAGCAUGGACUACUUCCACAGCCUGAUCAAGGACGAAAUGGAUAAGGGCAUAAAGAGCGAGCGCAUCGUCAUCGGCGGCUUCUCGCAGGGCGGCGCCAUGUCGCUCUUGUCGGGCGUCACCUGCCCGCAGAAGCUGGGCGGCAUCUUCGGUCUGAGUUCGUAUCUGCUCCUCCGCGACAAGUUCCGCGACAUGGUCCCCGCCGAAAACCCCAACAAGGACACCCCCAUCUUCAUGGGCCACGGCGACGCCGACCCCGUCGUCCAGUACGUGUGGGGCCAGGGCACCGCGAGCAUGCUGAAGGAGUGGGGCUGGACCGUCGAUUUCCGCACCUACCCUGGUCUUCCCCACUCGGCCGACCCGGAGGAAAUCGACGACCUUGAGAGAUACCUUAAGAAACAGCUUCCCCCGCUUGGAGACGCUUGA